AUGUCGACAUUGCGCGCGCGGCUGGCCAAGGCAAUUGCUGCCGCACACGCCCCGCCACACAACACCAUCUUGGCGAUCCAAAAGGCCGCCGCUGAAUGCCAUAGCCAGCAUGUCCAACUCACGGUGCAGCUACGCGUUUUCGACAUGGCCGAUGCAAGGAAGAAGAACGGCGAAGUAAACGGCAAACGAGUGUAUCUGAUUGACGAAGAGUCCACUCCUGCCGACUGGGAUGACAUGCAGUCCCUCAGCGAGUACGAUCGCAAGGAAUUUUGCCUCAGCGUCAUGGUGUUCUCCAGCCAAGAGGCCAAGAUCUCCAAUUGGAAGCGCGGCGACAUUGUCAAGUUGGUAGUGAAAGAUCUGAAACUCUACGACGGCAAACAAUGCCAAGCUCUGUUCUUGGACGUCCAAAGCCACCGAACACAAAUCACGAUGACUAUCGAACACAGCGAUGGCCAAGAACACCCCGACGCAAACACAACGACGAAACAAAGCUAUGAACAAGAUUGCACGGACAACUCCCAGGACACUGCGAGCAACAGCUCUCAAGUGAACACUACCAACGACAAGGAUAUCGAACAUGGUAUUCAAGUGAAGGUCGAGUUUCCCAAAGUCCUAGGGUGCGAACAAGGCGUCAAAACGCCAAAGAAACGUUUGUCGUCAACGGAUGCCAAGACAUACCCGGCAACGAAGAAGCAAACUCAAGCCAAAUAA